AGAGAUGCCCUUGUCGCCAUGUUUGUUGUGGGCAUGCGCCUGAGGCUGACGGCUGGCGAACCCGGGCACUGCGGUGCGCUGAAGCUGAAGAUUCUGAAAGGGGCUUCGGGUGGUUUGCUUCGGAGAAGUCUGAGAAGAGUGAUUGCUCCCGAGAUCCCAGGCCUAGCUGUUUCCCGUAUUCUUUAUCGUGAGUGUCACCCCGGUCCCUGUCACCCAAUCCCAGAGCCCCGCCCCUCCCCUAAGGAGUCCAUAGUCCCAUUCCGGAACCCCAGUACCGCAGCGACCCCUGCCCCCUCGAGCACUUGGUGUAUGCACUUUAGUUAUCAAAACAGUCCGUUUAUGUGAAAAUCCAGUCCCGCUCUUCAUUCUGAGAGUCCGCGGUUCCGAGAGCCUCAGACUUCGUCAUCCCGGUCUGCGUGACUUUCUGAGAUUCUGAGUUUCUGUUCCCAGCACCUGCGUUUGCAGGAGACCAGACUCCGGUUCCGCCCGGCCCGUGCCAGGUGGUCUGCGGCCGCGAGUCCGUGGCCAAGCCCUCCAGGUGAUCGACCUGCCCGCGGGUCCCAAAGUGGGGGACCCCUCCAUCCACAAAGCCAGGGUCUGAAAGAUUUCUCUGGGAAAAAGGAAGGAUGCCGCUUUUCUUCCGGAAGCGGAAACCCAGUGAGGAGGCUCGGAAACGCCUGGAAUACCAGAUGUGCCUGGCAAAAGAAGCUGGGGCAGAUGACAUUCUUGACAUCUCUAAAUGUGAACUCUCAGAGAUUCCCUUUGGAGCUUUUGCAACAUGCAAAGUUCUGCAGAAGAAGGUGCUGAUCGUCCACACAAAUCACCUCACUUCCCUGCUCCCCAAAUCCUGCAGCCUCCUGAGUCUGGCAACCAUCAAGGUUCUAGACCUCCACGAUAAUCAGCUGACAGCCCUUCCGGAUGAUCUGGGGCAACUGACUGCCCUCCAGGUCUUAAAUGUGGAAAGGAAUCAACUGAUGCAGCUCCCGCGUUCCAUUGGGAACCUGACCCAGCUCCAGACUCUCAACGUUAAAGACAAUAAGCUGAAGGAGCUUCCAGACACCCUGGGGGAGCUUCGAAGCCUGCGUACCCUCAACAUCAGUGGAAACGAGAUCCAGAGGUUGCCGAAGAUGCUGGCUCAUGUUCGAACCCUGGAGAUGCUGAGCCUCGACGCCUCCACCAUGGUCUUCCCGCCGCCAGAGGUGUGUGGCGCCGGCACCGCGGCCAUCCUGCAGUUCCUCUGCAAAGAGUCAGGGUUAGAAUACUACCCUCCUUCUCAGUACCUGCUGCCAGUUCUGGAGCAAGAUGGAACCAACUCUCGGGACAGCCCUGAUGGGCCCACGGACAGAGUCUCAAGGGAGGAAGUAGAGUGGCAGAACAGGUUCUCAGACUAUGAGAAGAGGAAGGAACAGAAGAUGCUGGAGAAACUCGAGUUUGAACGGCGCCUGGAACUGGGGCAGCGGGAGCAUGCCCAGCUCCUUCAGCAGAGCAGCAGCCAGAAGGAUGAGAUCCUUCAGACGGUCAAGGAGGAGCAGUUCCGACUGGAGAAAGGCCUGAGUGAGCGCCAGCGCCACCUCGACGCAGAGCGGCAGAGGCUGCAGGAGCAGCUGAAGCAGACAGAGCAGAGCAUCUCCAGCCGGAUCCAGAAGCUGCUGCAGGAGAAUCAGAGACAAAAGAAGAGUUCCGAGAUUUUGAAAUCGCUGGAAAAUGAAAGAAUAAGAAUGGAACAGUUGAUGUCCAUAACCCAGGAGGAGACUGAGAACCUACGGCGACGUGAGGUUGCCUCCGCCAUGAAGCAGAUGCUGACUGAGCGCUGUAAGAACCGGCUCAUGCAGAUGGCCUACGAAUCUCAGAGGCAGAGCUUGGCCCAGCAGGCCUGUUCCAGCAUGGCUGAAAUGGAUGAACGGUUCCAGCAGAUUCUGUCAUGGCAGCAAAUGGAUCAGAACAAAGCCAUCAGCCAGAUCCUGCAGGAGAGCGCGAUGCAGAAGGCUGCGUUCGAGGCGCUCCAGGUGAAGAAAGACCUGAUGCAUCGGCAGAUCAGGAGCCAGAUUAAGUUAAUAGAAACUGAGUUAUUGCAGCUGACACAGCUGGAGUUAAAGAGGAAGUCCCUGGACACAGAGACACUACAGGAGAUGGUCUCGGAGCAGCGCUGGGCCCUUAGCAACCUGCUCCAGCAGCUGCUCAAAGAGAAGCAGCAGCGAGAGGAAGAACUCCGGGAAAUCCUGACGGAGUUGGAAGCCAAAAGUGAAACCAGGCAGGAAAAUUACUGGCUGAUUCAGUAUCAACGGCUUUUGAACCAGAAGCCCCUGUCCUUGAAGCUGCAAGAGGAGGGCGUGGAGCGCCAGCUGGUGGCCCUCCUGGAGGAGCUGUCGGCCGAGCACUACCUGCCCAUCUUUGCCCACCACCGCCUCUCGCUGGCUCUGCUGAGCCAGAUGAGCCCCGGGGACCUGGCCAAGCUGGGCGUAUCAGAAGCCGGCCUGCAGCACGAGAUCCUCCGGAAGGUCCAGGAACUGCUGGAUGCAGCCAGGAUCCAGCCAGAGCUGAAACCACCAGCGGGUGAGGUCCUCACCCCCACAGCCCCCCAAGAGCCUCCAGAGUCCGUGAGGCCAUCGGCUCCCCCUGCAGAGCUGGAGGUGCAGGCCUCAGAGUGUGUGGUGUGCCUGGAACGGGAGGCCCAGAUGAUCUUCCUCAACUGUGGCCAUGUCUGCUGCUGCCAGCAGUGCUGCCAGCCACUGCGCACCUGCCCGCUGUGCCGCCAGGACAUUGUCCAGCGCCUCCGGAUCUACCACAGCAGCUGAGUGCUGCCUGCCCACCUGGGCCUGGCCCUGCCUCGGUCACUGCGAGCCCCAGGUUCCUGCUCAGCCUUGCGCCAGCCAGACUCAUACAAGGUCCUCCCUACCCUGGGCCCUUUCCCCACUGCCCAGGAGCCCCCACCUUGAGCUCCAAGCGCCUCUGGGCCAGGCAGAGGCGCUCCUGAUCCAUGACACCACCAGUCCGAAUGGUCCCUGGGGCCGGGGCUGGAGAGGCCACUGCACCACCACCCGAGCCUGGGAGCCAACAUCCCAACCUAAUCACGGAUCUGCUGCCUCCCAAGUUCUCUGACUGAAGGUCAUUCUGCUCCUUCCGGAGCUUGGGUCCUCAUCUGGGGACCAUGCACAGUCCUGUCCCGCUCUGCACGUGGGGAGUGAGCAGGAGGGCCCACCUCGGUGAGGGGAGGCCGUGGCCGUGGGGGGCCAUCCUGGGAAGGCAAGCAGUGCAGGCCUAUGCUCACAGUGGUGCCAGCACCCCUGGGCCUCCCUCUCUGCUGCUCCCCAGCACCUGGGGCUCUCCCGCUCUCUGCCACUUUGGAUCAAGCCACGUGGUGUGUCCCUCCUCAUACCACGUGGCUUGAUCCAAAGCAGAGGAGUGUCAAUAAACCCAUCUUCAGGGCGCUUCUGGCCAGAGUCAUUGCAGUGUCCUCGUGGGAGCCCGGGAACAGGAGGGGAUGAGGUCUGGGGAUGGGGCUAGGACAGAGGGCACCUCCUCUUGGGGAAGGAACCAGGGGCGCGCUGCCCCUCAGUUGAAAGGAGAGGUCGGUAGAGCCAUCUUGAGGUGGAGAGACUGGGGCCCAGAGGGAAGGCACCGAGAGGCAGCCAGGGCCAGUGACAGCCUGUGCCUCUGUGAGCGGAGGAGCCCUGUGGGCAGGCUGUGUGUUCCGUACAUUAUCCCAGUGAGGCAGCUGAGGCCAAUGGGGGUAAAUGCCUAGGGCCUUGCAACUGGGACAUGGUGAUGCAGGGUUUGAGGCCCAGAAGCUUCUCACCCUCAAACCUGGGCAGUUGUGCAGGUUGGUCACUGCACAGUUCCAGGAGCCAUAUACACUUGCACUCGCUGCAGGGGUGCACGUUGAUUAUGCAUUUUCUGGCAGAUGGUGUUGAGCCAGGGGAGCCUCUACCUUGGGCACAUGGCAGGACUGCUCAGAGCACCUGGGCUCUACCUCCAGCUCAGUGACCCUGGCCAGUGUUUGGGCGUCAGUUUCAGUUAGUGGCCUCCAGGGGGCGCUGAGUGCUCACCCCAAGUACAACAUCCACAGGAGUAGGCAGGAUGGUUCAGGUUCUAGGGUGGCAGAAAAGUCCCUACGCCCUGGCCUGUUUCCCCCUCCCUGAGACCAUCAGUCCUGUGCACGGAACGUGGGCGGAUACUCUUUGUUGUGUGGCCUUUUCCCAUGUUGGCACCCUCGGUUCCCCCUCCCAACACUCUCCUGAGUUCAACUUGCCAAGGGGGAGAGACUGAGGCAGGUGGAGCUAGCACCUGGAGCACAGCGCUUUGCAGAUCUCCUGCUCUCACUAGCCCAGGGAGGCCUCAUGGAAGAGCUUGAGACUGUGACCUGGCAAGGCCAACAGCAAGUCACAGCCGCGUCCCUGUGUUCCAUACAUUACCCCGCUGAGGCUGAUGGGAAAUACCACGCAGUCCUGUCUUGCACCUUGGCCCUUGUUGACCGAGGGAGGCUCAGGCCUAAGCCCUAGGAUGCCACGGACAGGCCGGCACCAGGGAAGCCAACGUUGCCCAAGGUGACUGGCUGCCAUCCCACCCAAUAAGGACAUGCUUUUACCCAUAGACGGGACAACCUACCCCCAACAGCUGCAGUGGCUUGAGGGGUGUUCCAGUGCCCCAUAAGCUUGGCCCAGGUUCCCCACCUUCCUAGGCCUCAGUUUACACACUGGUGAAAUGGUGACAGCAGUGUCCACUUUCUCGAGCCGCCUCGAGGCUCCUGUUCCCACACACACUGCGUUUGGCCCACAGUGAGCGCUUGGUAAACACUAGCGUGUGAUCAGGAGUGUUGAAGGAGCUGGCUGUUUGGAUCCAGCCCGAUCCUGGGCCCACCCCACUGUGAGCACCCCAGGGUCCUGAAUGGCCGUGAAGCUGCCGCCGUUCCUCUCAGCCUCACUAUUGCCCGAGGCUGCCUCUAACCCCGCAGCACCACUCAAGGCAGCUGGCUUUAAAUAAAGCGUUUAUUGAUUAGUAGAAGCAUGA